GAAGGGACAACUGCAUGGGAUACGUGUCCGUUUCUCGUAGUCACAGUUUAGUUUCAAAAUGGCUGAGUUUGGUCGUUCCUGUUUCCUUAUGUCAGUUCACGAGUGAGAAAUUCAAUUAAAAGUAAACGUAUUUGCAAACAAAUUCGCGAUAGGAUGAAGUUAAGGACAGAGGUUUUCGUACUCUCCGCGAUUCUUUGUCUGGUUCUGUUUCAAGGCGCAACCGGACUUCUGCGAAGAUGUGUGAAUUGCAGAUCAAGAGGAGAUCUAGGAUCUUGUAAGGAUCCUUUCACUAUGAACUCGACGGCGAUUGAAAUGGAAAAAGGUGUCGACACUGUUCCUUGCGCAUCUGGUUGGUGCGGCAAAAUAAUUGAACGACACGGUUUAAAUAACGAAUAUGGUACCGCCACGCAAAGGCUUUGUUUCCAACGUGGACCUGACGACGGUGAGGAACGAUGCGCGUUUACCGUGUGGAAUUACAAAAAGGUGUAUAUGUGCCUUUGUUUCGGGGAUCUGUGCAAUGGAACGACGAAAUCAAGCAUCUCCAAUGGUUUGAUUCUGACAACGCUUUCCGUUUUACUACGAUGGUUCAUUUGAGAAUGCUGGAAUUGAAUCGAAUGUAUAUUAUUGUAUAAAAUGUUCCUUGUAUUUGUACAUGUCGUGAUAUCGUCAAUUUGCAAGUAUAGCCAGUAUUGAUCUAUUAUUAAGCUUAAAUGAGCGAAAAAUCUGUAAAAAUAUACUCUAAUUUUAUUUAUAACUUCGUAUUUUAUGUAUUAUAAUCAUAAGAAACCGAGGUAUACAUGUUUUAUAUAACAAAUUUCUGUGGGACGUUGUACGGUGAUUAGUACAAUGUUUUAUUGUAAUUAAUAGUGGUCAUGAUCAUUUGUGUACAUUACAAUUGCAAGACUGUUGAGUGCGGACUGCGUAAAAUGACAAAAUGUAAUUAUUUUUAUGUUGAAGAAUUUCAAAAUAGGAAGCAAAGAAGUUGGUUUUUUCGAAUUAUACUAAAUAAAGAUGGGACACACUU